UCCGCCUGGUUCUCCCAUGAGACGGAGUCGCACCCCACGGCGGAGGCUGCCGCCCCCUACCCCUCGAGACCCCUCCUCAACGACACGCCGGUGGGAGUCCCCCCCUGUCCGCACUCCAGCCCUGUUCCUCUGCUACAGCCCAGUGUCCGGGCUCGGCCCGACGUCCAGCUCCAGCCCAGAGCGUAUCCCGCCCUCAUCGGACCCUCUCUUCGCCCAUGGAUUCUGCAAGUGGCCGGGAUGCGAACAGGUCUUUAAGGAGUACGAACUCUUCCUGAAGCACCUUGAUGAUGUCCACAGCCUGGGAGAUACCAGCACAGCGCAGUGCAUGAUCCAGAGGGAGAGGGUGGACCAGCUUCAACGAGAGUUGCAGUUUGAGAGGGAUCGCUUGGUGGCAAUGCAGACGCAGCUCAGGGCGCUGCCGACAAAAGAAUCCCCGCGGUACAGCAUGAUCGCUGAGUGGCUGCGAGUUUGUGCUCUGCCCCUGGUAACAAAUGACCCCAGUGAAGGUCAACACUGGGACAAGGACAAGACAAGUCUGCUCACAGGAAACAAUCCUUCCCUCGAGUAUUACAAGGUGUGCAAUGUCCGGCCACCAUUAACUUAUGCCGCGCUUAUCCGAUGGGCCAUCCUGCAAUCACCGAGCCGACAGCUGCCGUUAAACGAUAUCUACCGCUGGUUCACCAGUCACUUUGCUUACUUCCGCUACAACACCGCCACUUGGAAGAACGCAGUUCGCCACAACCUGAGCCUCCACAAGUGCUUCGUGCGACUGGAGGAUGUGAAGGGGGCCGUGUGGGCUGUGGACGAGCAGGAGUACCAGCUGCGGCAGGGUCGAAGGGUCAGCAGAGACCCGGACACUCGCUGGAGCCCACAGGCGGCGGAGCAGAGGUGAACAGGGUGAGGUGGGGGGAAGAAGGAGAGGACCACACCGCUCAGACCAGCCCUCAACUUGAACACAUCGCUCAGAGCUUUACCGGAGCUGGCAAAAAGUUGCAAAAUAAUAAAGCCAUAAGUUCAUAAGACACAGCAGCAGAAUUAGGCCAUUCGGCCCAUCAAGUUUACUCCGUCAUUCAAUUGCGGCUGAUCUAUCUCUCCCUCCUAACCCCAUUCUCCUGCCUUCUCCCCGUUACCCCUGACACCCGCACUAAUAAACAAUCUAUCCUUCUCUGCCUUAAAAAACAUCCAUUGACGUGUAAUAAAUG